UAGGGACGAAGAACAUAUCCCUUGUCCCCGCUUGAUCACGCACUCAAUCGUGGCUUUGGUUUCUAACUUGUGGCUGCCCCCAGGCGUGUGUGCGGACAACGAAUCCGAAAUCAGGGAAAGCAGCUGCAGAUUUAGAACUCCUUCUGGUCCCAGUCAAUUUGAGCCUCGUUUGCUCACUGUUUUUGCUGCGGUCGGUGUCGGAUGUCGUCAAGUUGAAGUAGUUUGGUGGGUCGGUGAUUCCGAUUCUGAUGUUUUAGCGUUAGAUUUCAUGUUGAGGUUCGUAAGACGAUUGCGAUGCGAAGUCAGUGAUUUCGUGGUUUGCGGCAUAAGACAGUUUGAGUGAGUUCAUUGAGGUUUCGAGUCUAGGGUGUGUGUGUUGUUAGAGAGAUGGCAGAUUUUGUUGAGUACAGUCGCAUGAUGGCGGGGAGCUGUGGAGCCAGUGCCAGUGAUGCUGGUUUGAUCGAUGCAUUGCCGGACGACGUGUUUAUGAAGUGUUUGGUACGCGUGCCCUUACAGUGGCAUGCGAAUCUGCAGCGAGCGUCGAGGGGUUUGCGGGAAGUCGUCCAAAGUCGACAGUACUAUGCGCAACGGAAGGCGGAAGGGACGAGUUCGUCUUUCGUGUGCUUGUUGCAGCCGAUGCCGAUGAGCACCGAGACCCUGGCGGAGAAGAGCUGCACCGCCACUCCAGCUGCCUGUUCUCUUGACUCUGUUUACGGGAUCAGUCUCGUGGAUGUGAACGAGAACGUUUGGUCUAGAUUGCCCGCGAUUCCAGGUUUUCCUGGGGGAUUACCCACGUAUUGCCGGCUUGUCGCGUUGAAAGGAGUGCUAGUGGUUCUGGGUGGGUGGUGGCAGAGCACCUGGGAGCCGUCGAAGUCGGUCUUUGUGUUCAAUUUCAGCACACAGACAUGGAGGCAGGGCGCCGACAUGACCAAUGUUCGUAAUUUCUUUGCAUGCGGAGCUACUGGAAGCAAAGUGUAUGUCGCGGGGGGACAUGAUGGCAGCAAGAAAGCUCUCGCUUCUGUUGAAGUCUAUGACGUGGAGACGAACUGCUGGGAAAGCUUGGGGAGUAUGCGCGAGGAGCGAGACGAGUGCACAGGAGUUGUCAUGGACGGGAAGUUUUACGUCGUGAGCGGAUACGGUAGCGAAUCACAGGGCGUCUUCAGCACAAGCGCCGAGGCAUACGAUUAUAGCACCAAGACCUGGAGCUUCAUCGACAACAUGUGGCCGCUUGUGUCGGCGGACUCCGAAGUAGUGAACCCAAGUUCUCUGACCGCGUUGGGUGGGAGCUUGUAUGGCGUGCACGGCAAGGGAGUUGUGGUAUUCAACCCUCAGCGCAAUGCGUGGACAGUGGUGGAGAAGGUGCCGGAGGAACCCGAGCAAGCCGAGAUCACGUCCCUCUCAAUCACCGCCACUGGGAACUCGCUCAUAAUCACAGCACUCGCCAAGAAGAACGACACCGCCACGUUGAGAGCGAUAAGCUUAACUCCCAGUCACGGCUCAUGCAAACCUCAGUGGCGACCCAUCGCCGGCGAUAACCAGUUCCUGAACCUCGCGCAGACAUCUUGCGCAUUCGAAAUGUGACAACUUCCCGCGCAAUUUUCUCACUUUUCUCACCUCAUGCACUAAAGCUUUGAAGCUCCGUGCCUUUCAUGAGGUUGUAAAAUCAUAGAGAACCUGCCUUCCCCUACCCCCCUCCCCCCUUUUUUUGUUUUUGUUUUGGUUUUGUUUUAUUUUACUAUAUUUGCGUCAAUGGAGGAGAUACACCCAACAGGGUCGCUCCCUAUGACCAAGGCGUGACUGUACACUAAGAAAGGAAGACCGCUGAGCGUGAGAAAUAGCAAUCAAUCAAUGUACAUGCAGAGUUUGUUGAAGAUGCAACGCAAACCAUUCCCCCCAAUCUGUGGGAUUUAUCUUCAUCUUCCUUACUUC